AAUAUAACAGUUACCAAGUUUGUUUAUAUUACAAGAUAACUUAAUAUCAUUGUACGCUGUGAACAGUACAGCUGAAGCAACGGGUAACAGGUUAUAGGGAUCAAAUCAUGAUUGGGACAUCACAAUAAGGAACGCACAGACAUCCAGCUUUAAAAAUAUUUGUAGACUAAAAGAAUGACGAAAAUUCCCGGCACUGUAAAUAAACAUAAGCGAGGCUCUAGUUGGGAGUUAUUAUUGGCCUUUCAAAGUUUCAGACUAAGCCAGUGUGCAGAAUGCACUUGGCUGUCCUGAGGCGAUGCAUACGUUGUUUGUUUCAUUUAAGCUGACAGCUGUGGCCCUGCAGCCCUCUGAUUUAUAAUAACAAUAAACAAUACGCAUCAAAAUUUUUUAAAAUGUUGUAUCUGUAGAGUACUUUACGUUUUACGGUGUAUAUUCUCAGAGUAUUUUAAAUUUGUAUCUUUUCCGUUGAACGUUACGACUCACAGGGGCGUUACCCGGAGCUGAGGUAGAAGCGCGGACACCCCCUCGCGGUCACUUACGCGGCGAGAAAUGGGGCUGGUGCCGUCGUCGGAGGAGAAGGAGGAGUUCCGGAAGGCCGUGGGGGCCCACAUUUACGAGGCCAUGCUGCAGAGUGGGUCGCUGCCGGAUGUGGGCAUCGAGCGCCACCUGCUGGACAGCCCGGGACUGCGGCCGGGGCCCGCCGCGCGCGACUGCUUCCGGGAGCUCAGGAAGCACGUGGACGUCAGAGGCCCCGCCUACCUGAAGGAGCUGAUGGGCAAACUGGCCGCCUUCACCGAGGAGCCGCGGCUGACCGGCCUGCUCACCCUGCUGGUCUCCAUGGCGAUAGAGACGGCGUACGCGUCGCGGAGGGGGGGCCCCCCGCAGGGGGCGGUGCCCGAGGAGCGGCUGGCCCAGCUGCGGGACCUGACCGAGGAGUACCUGAAGCGCCACGGGAUGCACCUGGACGACGAGCGGAAGCUGCGGGAGGACACGGAGCGGCUGGAGGGCCAGGUCAGCCUGCUGCUCACCCAGAUCAAGAACGCGGCGCUGGCGGGCGGCCUCGUCAACUCCAGAACCCUCAAGCACUGGGUCAACGGCGCCGCCUUCCACGUACAGAUGCUGAUCCACCUGGCGCGUCUGGGCCAGCAGAGUGACGGACCCGCCCGAGCCGCCAUCGCCGCGUACCGGGAGGACCUGCGGGAGCUGCUGCUCGCGUACAGGAAGUACAAAUCCGCCACCGUGCGCGUGUGCAAGCGCAGCGAGCUGCGAUUGGCCGAGGAGGACGGCGGCCCCGAACACUCGCUCGCCGGGUACAGCGUCCACGACCGCGAGGUGGGCGGGGCCACGGACGUGUCGCUGCCCGAGGACACGCCCCCGGCCUGCCAGCACCUGGACGUCGCCUUCUGCGCCGAGGCCUACCUGGACCACCUGUUCGCCAACUACCCGCAGAUCACCGACGCGGAGGCCUACUUCUCCCACACGCUCAGCAGCCUGCCUGCGCUCAUACCUCAGACAGGACUCCUCCAGUCCCCCGCCAGUAAUGCAUUAAAACCUUAACCUAAUGGAAUAUACCGCACAAUACUGUACAGAUGUGGAAGAUAUGAUUCAUAUGUUUAGCCAAAAUAUACUUUUAAGUACUGUAUUCUGCAAUAUAAAAAAAUAGGCGAUUUGCACAUUUGUCAAUGUAUUGUGAAGUUUUGCAAUAUCUGAAUUAGUUUUAAUAAAUUGUACUUUUAAUUGUAAA